AUGGAUUCCGCACCCCGCCAAGUAGGCUUCGCGCCCAUCCCCGCCACCUACUCGCGUCUACCCCACGACGACGAGCUCUACGUCAUGAAAACCUUCGCCCGCCACGCCUCUCACUGCUCCGCCUGCGCCCACCCCUACGAAGUCCACCGCAAAGGCGGCAGUCUCUGCUCCAAAGGCCACCAGCGAGCCCUCGACGUCGCCCAGUACGUCUUCAACAAAGCCGGCCAAACCUUCUCCGUCGUCGACCUCGAGGGCAACCGGCGCGUGCAGAUGGAGAUCCCGGUCGACUGCGCCGUCGUCCGCGAGCUGCUCAAGGCGAUGGAACGCGGCCUCCGCCUGCGCCGGAGGGUCCCCGCCGCCAGCUACGACGAGACGUACCACGUCGCCCCAAGGGUGAUGCAGCCGACCUUCGAGCACCGACGCCCGCAGGAGCCCCGCUACAUCCGCAAGCCGAUGCUCGAGACCGCCAUGCCGCCUACACCGCGGCGCGAGAAGCACUCCCACUCCGGCCGCGGGAGCCUGUACGAGGCGGACAUGAAGGAGCGGGAGCGGCGGAACCGGUCGCGAACCGCCAGGGGUGCGCCGCCCGUGCCGGCCAAAGACGAUGACUAUUACUACUGA